UAAGAGAGAAACAGAGACAUAUGGCUUAUGCUGCUAUUACAUCUCUUAUUACAACCUUAGAAACUGCAGAGACAAACACUAGCUCGCCAUUUACUCUUUUUUACCUGCAAGAAAAGUUCAUGGAAAAGUUAAAAUCCUUUAGAGCUAUUCUGGAGAAACCGUGCAAUAUAACAGGCGAUUUAGAGGUAUUGACAAUGAUGGAGGCUGAAAUUAUAGAGCUACUGAACACCACAGAAGAUAUGGUUAUUUUGAAAACAAGAAGAGCUACUACGGCAAAAACCAAGAUUAAACGAAUAGUAGCAUUUUGGAAACUUUAUUACCUCUUGAAACUAGCACGAAGUCGCAUUGACUCCAAGAUGAACAGAUGGUUGGCAAUGCAGAACAGGUACACCAACAGCAAAGAUCUGAGAGCACAAAAUUUGACUGUCGCCAAUACAUCUCAACAUGACUUUGAGUCCGAGAAUGUGAUGGUCGGCCAUGAAAAUGCAUUCGAGAUCAUGCAGGAUCAACUUGCUAGAGGAGCAACUGAGCUACAAGUUAUCUCAAUUGUGGGGAUGGGGGGCAUCGGCAAGUCAACUUUGGCCAUCAAAUUAUACAAUGAUCCAUUCAUUAUGUCUCAUUUUGACAUUCGUGCAAAAGUUAUUGUUUCGCAAGAGUAUUGCAAGAGAAAUGUACUCUUACGCCUUCUUUCUUCUAUAAGUGGAAGUGGAAGUGGAAGUAUUGAUGAGGAGCAAGAUGAUGGGCAACUAGCAGAUCGAUUGCAAAAGCAUCUGAAAGGCAAGAGGUACUUGAUAGUCAUUGACGACAUAUGGGCUAAAGAAGCUUGGGAUGAUAUAAAACAAUGCUUUCCGGACUGUAACUAUGGAAGCCGAAUACUCCUGACUACUCGAAAUAUGAAAGUGGCUGAAUAUGCUAGCUCAGGUAAGCCUCCUUAUCAAAUGCGUCUCUUGAAUUUUAAUGAAAGUUGGAAUUUACUGCACAAAAAACUUGUGAGAUUAUGGGCAGCAGAGGGCUUUUUGAAGGUAGAAUGGAAGGAAUGGGAAACAAAAAUAGAAGAAGUGGCAGAACAAUAUAUAAAAGAUCUUGUAGAUAGAGGUUUAAUUUUCAUCCACUAUUUGAGUUUUGAUAGAAAAAUCAAAGCUUGUGGAAUGCAUGAUUUGAUCCGUGAACUCUGCUUGAGAGAAGCUCAUAAAAUAAAUUUUGUGAAUGUUACCGUUGAAGAUCAAAAGCCAUGUGAACACUCUAGGAGGUUUUUCACAAAGCGUCGGAUAUGUAUCCAAUCAGAAGAAUCCUCUUUUGUUUCCAAUCGGUUGUCCAAGGUUCGUCAAAAUAAGGCCCGUUCUAUUCUCCUUUUUAUUCGAAAUCCCUCAAGCUCAAGAAUAGGCCUCCAUAAUCUUUAUAACUUAUAUCUGCUCGAGGAAUUGAAAUUUGACGGGAUGCCUCAUUCGACACUUCCUCCUCCUGAAGCUUUUCCGAAGAACCUUAAGAAGUUAUCUUUUAGCAAAACUCGUGUAAAUUUUGAGGAUUCUUAGUAAGUUGCCCAAACUCGAGGCCCUCAAACUAAAAUUUGGUUCCUCCAAUAUUGGUAUGGAAUGGGAAGUAACCGAGGAAGGGUUUCCGCAGUUGAAGUUCUUGCUAUUGAGUCGCUUGGGCAUUAGAUACUGGAGAGCCAG